UUUCGAUAUGAGAUGAAACAGGCAGACACGAUCGGGCUAGGCUUUGGGCGAUUGGAGCGGCCUCGCUGAGAGUGAUCGACCGGUGCCACCGGGCCAGGGUCGGACCCCAACUCGCUCCCCGCAGCCGGGCCGGCCGUGAUGCUUCCGCUGCGGCGCUUGUCGUGGGCCUGCCGCCGGCGAGGUCUCGCCCAGUUCGCCGCCGGAACCCCCCGGGAGGCGGCGGACGCGGUCGUGGUGGGCGCCGGCGCGGUCGGCCUCGCGGUGGCGCGCGCGCUUGCCAUGGCCGGGCGCGAGGUGGUGGUGGUCGAGGCGGCCUCCAGCUUCGGCACCGGCACCAGCUCCCGCAACAGCGAGGUCAUCCACGCCGGCAUCUACUACCCUCCCCGCAGCCUCAAGGCUAAUCUUUGUGUAAGAGGAAGGGAAAUGCUCUACAAGUACUGCACAGAACGAGCAAUCCCCCAUAAACGGCUCGGCAAACUUAUCAUUGCUACUGGUGUUGCAGAGACUGCAAAGCUGGACAUGCUCCUCAAGAGCGCUAAAGACAAUGGGGUGAAUGAUCUUCAGAUGAUGGAAGGUUCUCAGGCCGUGGAGAUGGAACCUGAACUGCGUUGUUUGAAAGCUUUACUAUCACCUAGUACUGGGAUUGUUGACUCGCAUUCAUUCAUGCUCUCCCUUUUGGCUGAUGCUGAAAACCUAGGCGCAACCAUAUCAUAUAACACAGCAGUCAUCAGUGGGCAUGUUGGAGAUGAAGGGAUCGAGCUUCAUAUUUCUGAAAGCAAAGAGCUGGAGAAUCAGUCUAUAGGCUCUCCUGUACCCCCACAGAUUGUUUUGCUUCCAAAACUUCUGAUAAAUGCAGCAGGUUUAAGUGCAAUUCCACUUGCCAAAAGACUUGAUGGCCUUGACCAAGCAUUUGUGCCCCCGGCUUACUAUGCCCGUGGAUGUUACUUCACUCUCUCACAAACCAAGAGUCCUUUCAGCCACUUAAUAUACCCUCUACCAGAGGAUGGUGGCAUAGGGGUCCAUGUCACACUAGACUUAAAUGGCCUUGUCAAAUUUGGACCAGAUGUUGAAUGGUUAGAUGGUAAAAUGGAUGACAUGUCAUGUUUCCUGAAUAGGUUUGAUUACUCAGUGAACCCCACCAGAUGUUCUGGAUUUUACUCUGUGAUAAGGAAGUAUUUUCCAAAUCUCAAGGAUGGUUCUUUGGAGCCUGGUUAUUCUGGGAUCCGACCAAAGCUUUCUGGCCCGGGACAGCGCCCUUCAGAUUUUGUUAUUCAGGGGGAGGAAGUCCACGGUAUUCCUGGGCUGGUUAACUUGUUUGGUAUAGAAUCCCCUGGUUUGACAUCAAGCUUGGCAAUUGCAGAACACGUCGUUUCAAGGUAUAACAGCACUUGAUUCUCAAACAAUCACCGAUCGAUGAAUUGCAGCUGGAUGAACCCAGGACAGCUGGAGUCUAUCAUGUGAAUCACAUUGCUCACAAUGAUUUCCUUGUUUAUUUCCUUUUAUUUUGGGGAAGAACAAGAUGCUGCUUGUAAAGGUGCGACUCUCCAGCUUAGUUGAAUAAACAAAAUAUAUCGAUUG